UGAGGAUUGUAUCUGCCAGUUCAUUUAUACAUUUUUGAACUUCUUGCCAAAAAAGGGUUAGUGAUGGACAUGUUUAGAAGAUUUGCAGUAUGAGGCUCCACAACUCCAACAUAAAGGAGAGGCACCUGGAAAAAUAUGCCAGCCGCUGCAGUACCAUAUAGCAUCUCAGAAUUACCUUACAAUUAGUUUACAAGUGGGAUAGAAAGUGAAACACCCCUUGCAUCUCUGUUUAUUUGGCCCUUGUUAGCCUUUGAGUUUGAUAUGCUUGGUGUAGAGGGUUUAACUUCGUACAGCCCUGAGUAUGUAGUGUAUUUUAAAAGUGCAGAUACUUGAACAAUUCCCUUGAGGGAAUGUCAAAUUUAUCAAGUGCAUAUGUAAAGGUCAUGAGUCUCCUAUCAUGAGCUCUAGAACUCUAGGGACACCACUAUUUUUCCAUGUCAGCAAAUUAAGAUCUGAAGUGAGAAAGGAUAGAGUUUCAAUAGAGGCAUAUGCCAAUUGUAUAUACUUGCCCAUGAGUCUUGGGGCCCAAUGGUUCCAAAUAUCUGGAGCUAUAGUACUGCAGAGGAGCAUCUUUAGUUUAGCUGGCAUGUAACUCAUCGACAGCACAUUACUUGCUGCAAUAAGUGAGGACAUAUUUGAUCAAUCUGUAGCUGCACCCAAAAGGGUGUUGAAGCUGCUCUAGCAAAGGAAUUCAUUUGGACAAGACUGGAGGCCACAUAGAAACAUAGAAUGUGACAGCAGAUAAGAACCAUUCAUCCCACUUAGUCUGCCCAAUUUUCUAAAUACGUUCAUUAGUCCCUGGCCUUCUCUUAUAGCUAUGAUAGCCUUAUGCCUAUCCCAUGCAUGCUUAAACUCCCUCACUGUGUUAACCUCUACCACUUCAGCUGGAAAGCUACUCCAUAGUUACUUUUAAGAUUUGGCACUUAAAUCACCCAUAUUUCUGGGCUGGCACAGCACUGACUGCGCUACUCUGGGUGGUCUCCUCCUCCAGAUGAAAAAGUUGAACAAUUUUUGGAACUGUUGUAGCAUCUGGUAGACAGCUGGGGCAGUGUUAACCCUGCAAUAUAAACAUUGCAGUUUAUCUAAACUGCAAUGUUUUACAUUGUAGGGUUAAAGGGUUAAUGCUAUCCUAUUACCUUUCCUGCAAGAUAUGCCCUACUGGACACUGUGGGCAAGAUCCCCCUCUCUAUUUGCAUUAAAACCUGAAAUAAAAAGGAUUUACUUUCCCUCAAUCCAGAUCAGAGCAAAGCUCGCAGUGCUGCUCUUCCGCUCUGAAGUCACUGGCUGUGAUUGAACCAAUUGCCGUCUUGCAUUGCAUGCGUACACUCCAGGCCAGUGAGGGAGGGAUUCUGUAGGAGGGAUAGAGGCUUUAAAAAUAGUAAUAAUAAAUAAAUAACAAAAAAACCCAUCAAUGAGCAUGGAGGGCAGCAGCACAGAGUGGUUGCGAGAUCUAUCUCAAGGGGGAAGAUUUUAACAUCAAUUGUCAGCAUGCAGUAUGCACGGACAACAGAUGUAAUUUGAGCACAGAAUUUACAUUACGAGCCAAGAACGUCACGUGUGCUUGGGGUGCAACUUGCCCCGACACAUAAUUGCCAAUAUCUCAGUACGGGCAGUGUUUCAUGCUGAAAUACUACCUAUACCGACUCCUACUAUCAUGGCCACCUCAAAUCACUGAAGUGGUGAUGGUUGUUGUAGUAACCCUUUAAGAGAACUAAGACCCUGCUCUGCACCCAGACCAAUUCCAUGGAAUAUUUUAAUGGCCUAUAGUGUCCCUUUAAGUGCUCCUGACUGCAUGGAUAUUGAUUCACAAAUAACAUGUGGGCGAUAGAGAAGAACUACAACUCCCAUGGUGCUCUGUCAGCCUCUGUCUGUACUAGCUCUAUAAAACAAUCCGGACCCGGAAGUUGCCUUACGUUUCGCUCUCGGGAGUCGCACCUCCGUGACGUCACAUGAAGGCGCCGCUCUUUCCUUGCUGCCCUCGUGUUGCCGUGGGUUGGGGAGUCUGCCUUGCAGUAACCGGCCAGCCAUGGGGAAAGUCAAGCGGAAAAACACCUUCCAGUACAACGUGAAUAGGAAGAAUCUCAAACGGAAAUUAAAAAAGAAAUCCGCACCUCGCAUCGAUUGGUAAAUAGUGAGAGUUAUAUGGGAUGGGGGGAGACAGGGAAGGUAUGGGGUUUAAUUCAGGAGGGGAUAUCAUGGCUAUUAAUGGGCGGGCUGGGCUUUAAUUCAGGAGGGUAUAUCAUGGCUAUUAAUGGGCGGGCUGGGCUUUAAUUCAGGAGGGUAUAUCAUGGCUAUUAAUGGGCGGGCUGGGCUUUAAUUCAGGAGGGUAUAUCAUGGCUAUUAAUGGUCGGUAUGGGCUUUAAUUCAGGAGGGUAUAUCAUGGCUAUUAAUGGGCGGUAUGGGCUUUAAUUCAGGAGGGUAUAUCAUGGCUAUUAAUGGGCGGUAUGGGCUUUAAUUCAGGAGGGUAUAUCAUGGCUAUUAAUGGGCGGUAUGGGCUUUAAUUCAGGAGGGCAUAUUAUGGCUAUUAAUGGGUGGUAUGGGCUUUAAUUCAGGAGGGCAUAUUAUGGCUAUUAAUGGGUGGUAUGGGCUUUAAUUCAGGAGGGCAUAUCAUGGCUAUUAAUGGGUGGUAUGGGCUUUAAUUCAGGAGGGUAUAUCAUGGCUAUUAAUGGGUGGGCUGGGCUUUAAUUCAGGAGGGUAUAUCAUGGCUAUUAAUGGGCGGUAUGGGCUUUAAUUCAGGAGGGUAUAUCAUGGCUAUUAAUGGGCGGUAUGGGCUUUAAUUCAGGAGGGCAUAUUAUGGCUAUUAAUGGGUGGUAUGGGCUUUAAUUCAGGAGGGCAUAUUAUGGCUAUUAAUGGGUGGUAUGGGCUUUAAUUCAGGAGGGCAUAUCAUGGCUAUUAAUGGGCGGUAUGGGGUUUAAUUCAGGAGGGUAUAUCAUGGCUAUUAAUGGGCGGGCUGGGCUUUAAUUCAGGAGGGUAUAUCAUGGCUAUUAAUGGGCGGUAUGGGCUUUAAUUCAGGAGGGUAUAUCAUGGCUAUUAAUGGGCGGUAUGGGCUUUAAUUCAGGAGGGCAUAUUAUGGCUAUUAAUGGGCGGUAUGGGGUUUAAUUCAGGAUGGUAUAUCAUGGCUAUUAAUGGGUGGGCUGGGCUUUAAUUCAGGAGGGUAUAUCAUGGCUAUUAAUGGGCGGUAUGGGCUUUAAUUCAGCAUGGUAUAUCAUGGCUAUUAAUGGGCGGUAUGGGCUUUAAUUCAGCAUGGUAUAUCAUGGCUAUUAAUGGGCGGUAUGGGCUUUAAUUCAGCAUGGUAUAUCAUGGCUAUUAAUGGGCGGUAUGGGCUUUAAUUCAGGAGGGGAUAUCGUGGCUAUUAAUGGGCGGUAUGGGGUUUAAUUCAGGAGGGGAUAUCAUGGCUAUUAAUGGGUGGGCUUUAAUUCAGGAGGGUAUAUCAUGGCUUUUAAUGGGCGGUAUGGGCUUUAAUUCAGGAGGGCAUAUCAUGGCUUUUAAUGGGCGGUAUGGGCUUUAAUUCAGGAGGGCAUAUUAUGGCUAUUAAUGGGUGGUAUGGGCUUUAAUUCAGGAGGGCAUAUCAUGGCUAUUAAUGGGUGGGCUGGGCUUUAAUUCAGGAGGGUAUAUCAUGGCUAUUAAUGGGCGGUAUGGGCUUUAAUUCAGGAGGGUAUAUCGUGGCUAUUAAUGGGCGGUAUGGGCUUUAAUUCAGGAGGGCAUAUUAUGGCUAUUAAUGGGUGGUAUGGGCUUUAAUUCAGGAGGGCAUAUCAUGGCUAUUAAUGGGCGGUAUGGGGUUUAAUUCAGGAUGGUAUAUCAUGGCUAUUAAUGGGUGGGCUGGGCUUUAAUUCAGGAGGGUAUAUCAUGGCUAUUAAUGGGCGGUAUGGGCUUUAAUUCAGCAUGGUAUAUCAUGGCUAUUAAUGGGCGGUAUGGGCUUUAAUUCAGCAUGGUAUAUCAUGGCUAUUAAUGGGCGGUAUGGGCUUUAAUUCAGGAGGGGAUAUCGUGGCUAUUAAUGGGCGGUAUGGGGUUUAAUUCAGGAGGGGAUAUCGUGGCUAUUAAUGGGCGGUAUGGGGUUUAAUUCAGGAGGGUAUAUCAUGGCUAUUAAUGGGUGCCUAACGCUAUGGUGUAAAUUUAAAGAAACAUUCUGUGCACUAAAACAACUUAAUCAAAAUGAAGUUGGGGUGCCUGGGGGUCCCUGGUUCACCUCAAGGGCUUAUACUUUUUCUUGAACGGCUUAACCCCAAAGUCUGUCCUUCCGUUUUUUUGUUUUUUUUUCUGGAAAUGGGGAAGCUGGAAGAAUCUUACAGAAUCAGGCAGCAGCCCUGCUGAUUGGCUGAGAGCGGUCAGCUGACGCUCUCAGCCAAUCCGUGACUCUUAAGUCAUAAAACUGAUUUGGAAAAGGUAAAUUUAUUUUCAAACUAGUUUUAUGAAUUGGGAGUCACUGAUUUAGCUGAGAGCGUCAGCUGACAAAUCAAUCAGCGGCGCCACUGCCUGAUUCUGCAGAGCCUUCCAGUUUUUGUUUUGAGGAAACUGAAGGACAGGGAGAAUUGGUGCUGGAACAGAGAACUUGGGUUUUAAGGUACAAGAUAUUUUAAUUAAGUUGUUAUGGAACAGGGUCUAGACCCCAGAUCAACUACAUUAAGCUGUACUGCUUCUGAUGCCUAUAGUGUCCCGUAAAGCAUUAGGAAUACAAACGUGUUCCUUUCCAUAGUAAAAUGAGAUGUUUCUUCCUGGUUGCCAUUAACAUUAUUAAUAUGGAUUUAUUUACCUAGGGCUCACUUGGUGCUGCUUACUUUGGGAUCACAGCACCCAGACCACGUUAUUGAGAUGAAGUGACUUUAGUGACCUUUUUAAAGAAACCGAAUAGGGUCAGAAAUAAAAAAAAAAGUGUAUUCCUGACCAUAUAGUGUUAAACACUGUUUGGGUUACAGGCCCCCCUUAAAUAAGACAAAAACAUUAUUGCUGUGACUAGAUCCACCUCCUUGACUGAGAUUAUCAAAAUUGUCAGUCUCAACCAAUCCAAUGCUUUCCCAAACAAUUGAAUCAGUGCAUCUCUAUGGGGAAAGUUCAGUGUCUCCAUGCAGAGCGUGGAGAAGCUGAAUGUCAGUGCUGCACAUUGUAUGAGUAUGAUCGCAGAGACAGCCUCUCACUGCAGAGUAUGAUCGCUUAUGUGUCAGCCUAUUGACUGACAUAUAGUAACUGCAGGCAGGAUCCACCUGCAGAUCGAGGUGGGGGGCAUGCAUGACCACCCAGGCACUCCCCCUGUGGCCAAUUACCACGAUCUGCAAGAGGUGAUCACAGUGACAGCCAGUCACUGUGAUCACUGAUCCUGUGUGUCAGCCAGUGAUGUAAAAUCACAGGCUGACACUCUGUCCCUCUCCUGUUAAAAAAUUAAAUUAGUUACAAAUAAAAUAUACUUAGAUUAAAAUACACUUAGAUCAUAUAUAUGAUCUAUCUCUAUCUUUCAUUUCCUGCAAAUUCUAAUUAAUAAAAAGGACCUAAUGAUGUAAAAUUAUUACAUAAAUAUAUGUAAUAAUUUUACAUUGUUUAUUUUAUUUUUUUUAUUACAAUUUGCGGGACCCGACUGCCAACCCAGGCCAAUAGUCCAGGGAAUUUAAUUUGCUAGCACUGCAUUUAACCUUAUAACUUUCCAAGACACCAUAACACCUGUACACGGGGGGGAUUGUUUUACUCGGGAGACUUCGCUGAACACAAAUAUUUGUGUUGCACAACCGUAUUACAACAAUAUUGCCAGUUAAAGUGACACUUUUUUUUUUCAUUUUUCACACACAAACUGCACUUACACUGACUAUAAUAUUGCUGUAAUACUUUUUAUUGUCUUGAAACAAAAGACAUUUGUGUUCAGCGAAGUCUCCUGAGUAUAAUAGUAUCCCUCAUGUACAGGUUUUAUGGUGUUUUCAAAAGUUACAGCGUCAAAUAUAAGGCUUGCGUUUCAGUUUUUUCACAUUGAAAUUCGCCAGAUUGGUUACGUUGCCUUUGAGACCCUAUGGUAGCCCAGGAAUAAGAAUUACCCAUCAAUUAUGCCAUCAUGAGGGUAAUUCUAAUUCCUGGGCUACCAUACAGUCUCAAAGGCAACGUAACCAAUCUGGCGAAUUUCAACGUGAAAAAACUGGAAAGUGUAACUUGCUAUAUUUGACCCUGUAACUUCCCAGAACACCAUAAAACCUGUACAUAGGGGGUACGUGAGACAUCGCCAAAUAAAAAUGUGUUUUUUAUUGCAGUAAAAGCAAACCGUAUUGACAUUCAAAGUUAAAAUGUCACAUGAACUAAGAAUUUUUAAAAAUCAAUUUAUUUUUUUUAUUCAUAAUAAAUUAUGUUCCAUACCUAAAUAUUUGAUGUUAAAUGAAAGCCCUGUUUCCCCCUGAAUAAAAUGCCCUCCUCCCUCUCCCGUUCUUAGAAAAGGCAUACAGAGUAAAAGACUGUAUAUACCUUUUUUUUUUUUUUUUUUUAAGAUCUGUAGAGAAAUGCAAGGUACUUGUAUAAGAGCCACUAGGUCUUAAAAUUUAACUAUGCCUUAAGAGAACAAUUAGGGUAUAGAGAUAUUUGUAAAAUAGGGUUAGAUAUGAUUGAAACCGUCAAACUGCAACCUAGGUGUGUGGACCGGUCAGCCAAUGCCUAGUGAUGGUGGGUCACUGCCGCCGCCAUCAUCCAUCUGUUCAGGCUUCCUCCAGUCAGCCCAAGCACAGCAAUAGUGUAAUAGCAUCUCCUGCCUGACUCAUAGGGAGAGCCUGAAUACUCAGUCUGCGGGUCUUGAGUUGCCAACCUUGUGGUUGAGAAGGCUCUGAGACUAGUAGGCUGUGCUGUGAGAGGUUGUACCCGGGGAGCCACGUUUUUGUUCCGCAGGCAUGGAGGGAAGUCCUUGUUCAUCUAGCUUAGCACAAAAGGUCGCACAGAUGCAGUCAAAAUUCAGUAGAGCUCGUCUAUUUGUGUCACAUUUCAAGAACAAGCCUAUAAGACUAUGUUCCGGUGGUAUGCUACCCCGGCGAAGCUUUACCGGAUGAAUAAAAUUAAUACAGAUUUAUGCUGGAGAGGAUGUGGCCAGAAAGGGACGUAUAUACAUAUGUGGUGGGUCUGUCCAGAGGCACAAAAAUUCUGGAAACGGGUCGCGGAUUUACUGGGAAAUAUCUUUGAUAGGGUGAUCAAACCAGACCCCUGGGUUUUCCUCCUGGCCAGAUCGCUGGAGAACUGGUCCAGAUCGGAACAAAAUUUACUACACAAGGUGACCCUGGCUGUUAGAAGGGCCAUGGCCCAAGUGUGGCUACAGGGAGAGACCCCCCCAAUGGAGGUGGUGAUACAAAAGAUUAAGGAUACAUACAUAAUGGACGAGUUAACAGCUAGGGUCCGGGGCACUAAGAAGAAAAUGGAAAAGAUUUGGAGCCCGUGGGUGGCUAGUGGGGUGGGUGAUUAGGGGAAUGGGGGACGGGCUCGUUCCCUGCGUACUCCGAAACACCUCUAUCGAUAACAGGAUGCAUAGCACACUUUUACUCCCCCUUCCGAAGCGGGACCCUCAGGAUCCCACGAGAUGUUCACGGUUUAUAGUUAUUCGCACUGGCAUGGCGGUACUUGCUAAAAACAUCCCGGCUCGUGGCUAUCCAGCUAUUUGAUCGUAUCGGCAUCAUUACCAUUCUGGGAAAAUCACUAUAAUACCCCCUCCCAAUCCUAAUCUCUCUUCUUCUUUCUCUUCUACCCUUUUGGUACUCCUCUUUCGGUUAACCUUUUCUUUUCUUUAUUUAUCUUUAUAUUGUUUUUUCACAUCUAUCUGGUUACUACCCAGGUACCAUAUGGCUCACUGAAGCUAUAUUUGGAGGGUAGGCUAUUAUUAAAAUAUCUUCGCAUAAAUGUCAUCCCUGUACACCGAGUUUUAGUUCAUUGAUUUAGCCAAAUUCUUACUGCAUUAUAGGGGUAGCUAUGGAUGGAUAGCGUGAAAUAUCAUCGUGUAUUUCACUAUCAGAUGGGAAUUUAUUGUCUUACUUAAAAUAAAAUGGGUGGGAUACCGCAGUAAGCAAGCUUGUAAGGAUGACAUUCAUAUGUUAGAUAUGCUGUUUGUGAUUGGUACUCAGAUUUUGCAAUAUUGUUUGUUUUUUACAAGUAAUGUGUAUUGUUUUGGUGAUUGCGAUGUUGUUCUUUAUGGCAUCAUGUUGCAUAUAAUGUUGUGGUGUCUGAUCGUUUCAUAAAUAAAGAAUUUAAAAUAAAAAAAAUUCAGUAGAGAGUCCAGUAGUAGUAAAGACCACAGGAGAGCACUUCUGGCUGUAGGUCCCAUCAGGGUAGCAGUCUUCUGAACCAGGCCGCAACCCUCAGCGUUGGCUGUGGGCUGUAUGUUGAUGUUACUUUAUAUAGUGGACUGGGAUAUCCCCAACCGGUCCAAAUUGGCUGCAAAGAAGCUGCAGGGUACUUCCCAGUCGUUUUUCUAGAAAUUAAGUAAUGCAUGCUACAUAGAUUUGUGAUUUUUGUAAGCUUGAGUGCAACUCGAAAAUACAUAGCUUUUAACUAAUUGUCUGCUAGGUAGAAAGGGGGAGGGGGGGGGGGGAACAACUCCUUAAAAUAGAAUUCUAGGUGCUGGUAGUCUAACUAUAUUCAGGUGGUAUAAUACACACCUUGGUUCUCACAGUUGCAUCUACUCUGGCUCCUUCCUCCAAUAUCACUAAAGCAUAAGUCCCUCAUUUUGGAUUAGCAACAUCCAUUCUGCCUGUCUUUGAAUGGAAUUCAUUGGCUGGGAGCAUCUGCCACUGAAUUCUCUUUUAAGUAGGUACAAGAUUAAGAUGGCCUCCUUAUUAGAAAGGAAAGAUCGUUUUACUAACCUGUCCUUGUGUAUAGUAGGGCUAGAUGUCAGGAGACCGCAUCCAAGGUCCGUGUCAAACUCAAACCUAUCAUAGCACUUCAUGUAGAGACCACAAACUACAAGAAUAAGACUUCCACUUUGUAAUGGGUGAUGCUGGUUUGAUACUUGUUGCACAUGAUUAUUUAUUCUAGAUUGUGGAUUUUUAUUUUUUACAUUGACUGACUGAGUAAAGGAGAUGUUUUAACUUUAUAGUUCUGUUUGGGGGUACCUGGGAAACCCAGGUAAGUGCACACUAUUCAAAAAUGGUUUGACUACUUAUUGUUGGAGAGUGCCGAGGGAUUCCUUACACCAUAGCUAAUACAGCUCGGUUUAGUUGGUAUUGUGCUUGAACUAUAUCGUUUUGAUUUAAAAUGUGUAACAUUUGCUUGGUCAAACGUGUAGCUGGACCAUAUGCCUAGACGCACAAUAUGCACAUGUAAUUAAUUGUAAUGUUUUAUGCUAUCUUCUUUCAGUGAACAGAUCAGACAUGCCUGGGAUGACUCAAGAUCUGUGGGUACUAAUUUGGCAGAAAUGGGUCUGGCUGGUGACCCCAACAAAGUCAUUCCAAUCAAAAAGACACAGGUAAAUAGAAUUAUAGAAGUGGGCAUUAUCCCACCCCCAAUAUUCUGUUCAUUAAAGGGAUUCUAUAGUGCCAGGAAAACAAAGCAGUUUUCCUUGCACUAUAGGCCCCCCUCCUGCAGUGCUGAAGGGGGUUAAACCCUCUUCAGUCACUUACCUGAAUCGGCACCGUCCCUUGGUGCUGGGUCAUGCUUUCAAACUGCAAUAAUUACCACUGUAGGGUUAAGGGACAUGGGACAUUACACCCAGACCAUUUCAAUAAGCUGAAGUGGUCUGGGUGCCUACAGUGUCCCUUUAAUAAUACAUUUCGACUGCAGCCUCCAUCUUUAAAAGACUACUCAACACCCAUAUCCACUUCAGAUUAAUAUGGGUGAGGAGUAUCCCAUUAGUUUCUCACUUCUGUGAGAAAUCAGCACUUGAACUAACUGAACUCGCCCUACCAAUGAAACGGCCAGGAAGGUUAGCGACUUGCGCACACCUGCCUUCCCCCGCUCAGCUCAGAAUGGUGUGUGUGUACAGGUGAUAACAUUGAGAAUCCUCUAAAACUUUUCCUCAUUAAGAUGAGUCUCUUCCAAGAAAAAGGUUAGGGCUUGCAAAAGUUGCAGUUCCUGAAGGUUAGGGCUUGCAAAAGCUGCAGUGGACCCAGCAACUUUUCGACAUGUGGUUUUUGUCAAGCACACACUGCAUGUGUCAAUGUUGCUGGGUCCUCUUAAUGGUGGAAUAAAUCUUUAUUUGGUUUUGUUGUAGUGCUGUGGCUCCAUUAUUUUCACUUUGAAUGUGUUUGGAGAAUAACCUUGGAAGCCUGCACCUAUGAUAUAUGUGAUGGGUGCUGAAUCUCCAAGUAUUAAACCUGACACACAGACGUACUUGGCCACACAACUUGCACAGCUGGAUACAGUUUAAGAUGGAGUGAGGAAAGUUGUCUGUGCAAGAACACACAUGCAUACAAAACUUGCCGCUCGCUCACCCAUACGUAUAUGUGUGUGUGUGUGUGUGUAUAUCUAUAUAUCUAUAUCUCUCAUACAUACACCUAGCAAUGAAAUUUUCCUCUCCUCUGCCUAUUGGUAGUGAGUAGAAGCUAGGUGGUCUACAGCCAGCUCCUGGUGAUGAGUUGCUGUCUCCGCAUGAUGUGGUAGCAGAGGUAGCUUACACGGCUCUUACCAAAGACUAGUCGCCCACCUCCUCUCCCUACCUGAGGGCAGUACAGGGAGAAAUAAAUUGCUAUAUGUACAUUUCAUCUCCUAGCUGACAGGGUAACAUGUUUUACUUGUGAAGUUCCAUGUUUGUUGCCAAGGCAACGUGGUUCCUUGAAUUUGUCAAACCCUGUUUUAGUCUUCGUGUACACACUCCUAAACUCCAAUCUGAAAGUCAAAGAACUUCCCUGACCAAUUGUUUCACUCACACACAAAUAAAAUUGUUCCAACUUAACCCCUUAUGUUCAACCUUUCUAACAAUGGUAUGCUCCCUGUAUACUUAUUAAUGUGUCCUCUCUUACAAAUACCAUAUUAAAUUUCUUUAACCUCACAGCUUCUACUUUAAAGGCUAGUCUAUAACCCCUAUCUCACAUUAAUUUAUAUCUGCACCUGACCACAUACAUUCUGGCUUUCAACCAAAACACUAAUGAAUCAACACUAAUCAAACUAUCAAAUUACCUUGUCACAACUAAAGCUACAAGAGAUGUGUGGAAGGAUUUGCUCCUAAAAGGACAAUCCCCUGCCUAAAUACAAUUAAUUACAAAUCACUGUUUAGUAUAUAUACCCCAAUGAAAACAUGCAUGCAUUCUUUAUUGUGGGUUUUCUCUAAAAACUGCUUGAAACAGCUGCUGUCCUCUUGUCUGCCUUUACAAGCUCUCCCCUUCGAGCCCAGACUUUCAAUGGCUGUCCGAGCCCAGACUUUCAAUGGCUGUCCGAGCCCAGACUUUCAAUGGCUGUCCGAGCCCAGACUUUCAAUGGCUGUCCGAGCCCAGACUUUCAAUGGCUGUCCGAGCCCAGACUUUCAAUGGCUGUCCGAGCCCAGACUUUCAAUGGCUGUCCGAGCCCAGACUUUCAAUGGCUGUCCGAGCCCAGACUCACCAGUGCUCUGGGGAAAUUGCUGCCUCUUGAGUUUAGCUCCACUGAGCUAAACAACCAGGAAGUAACAGGUCUGUGUGUAACAAGGUUCAUGUAUAAAAGUGCCAAUUUCUAUUAAACUCCCACUUUUUGUAAAAUGGGAGGUGGGGAGAAUAUACUCUUAACACAAAGCAAUUCAUCAAGCUUAAAUGCUUGAAAGACCUGGAGUGACUCAUCAACUCUAAAAUGGCAGAGAAUUGAGUAAUGAGACUGCAGAGGCACGAUCUUUAACCCCUUAAGGACAUGUGAUCUGUCAUGAUUCCCUUUUAUGCCAGAAGUUUGGUCCUUAAGGGGUUAAACCAAAACCACUCAAUUAAGCCAACGAUGUUUUGGUGCUUAGUGUUCCUUCAACUUAAAUAUAAUCAUACUUGGCUUUUACAUCUAACCUUAUCUUUGAAACCUAGGCUAUGUAUUUUUAACUGUAAUAGUUCACUUCUAACUUUCUUCUUCCUUUUUCUGUAGGUGAAAGACACAGACGUUGGACAGAGCAAGCCCAUUCACAAGCCAUAUGUUAUAGCGGGUAUGAGAUCUGAAUCAUUUUGUGUCCAUGUAAUGAGUGUGACCCAUAAUAGAUGCUCCUGCACUACAUUCUACUGGAAUGAGCCUCCACUGCAAUGUACCUGAAACUCUCACCCAUAUUUUUCAUUUUCUUGUACAAAGUUGCAAUCUUCAUAUCUACAUGAAGGGCUCGCCACUGGCAAAAUACUAUGCAUUAAAUAGUGAAUUAAAAAUGUAUGCAGCGUGUUGUACCUACACCUUGUAGCAACUUGGCCUAUCAUUUCCUUUUUUUGUAUAGCAAUAUUAGCCUUUCUUACAAAUUACUACACUGCAAUGUUUUCUAAGAGUUUAGUAGCUUUAGGGACACUAUAGUCACCAAAACAACUUGAGUUUAAUUGAAGCACUUUUGGUGUAUAGAUCAUGCCCAUUCAGUCUCACUGCUAAAUUCCUUACCAUAUAGGAGUUAAAGCACUUUAUGCAGCCCUAUUCACACCUCCCUGCAUGUGAUAGCCUAACCCUUCCCGUAAAGACUCCUCUAACACUUUUAUUCUGUUUAAUUUAAAUCUCCUGUUCUUUUAUCUUGAUAGUCCCCCUCAGGAGCCAUGUGUGUAAAGCUCAAUUUACAGAGCAGGCGAUGGAAAUGUUUAACCAUUUAAGGACCAAACUUCUGGAAUAAAAGGGAAUCAUGACAUGUCACACGUCAUGUGCCCUUAAGGGGUUAAAGUAACAUCUGAUUAAAAAUAAACCAUUUCGUUUUCAUGCAGACUGUCAGUCACAGCCAGGGGAGCUGUGGCUAGGACUGCAUAAACCGAAACAAAAGUAAUCUAUCUCCUAAAUGGCAGUGAAUUGAGCAGUGACUCUUAAGAAGCACGAUCUAUACACCAAAACUGCUUCAUUAAGCUAAAGCUGUUUUGGUGACACUAGUGUCCCUUUAAACUCUGUUUUAACACUGGCUCAUUCAAUGAUUUUUACUGUUCCUAUAGGUCUCGAAGCUGCAGCCAGUGUACCUUCCAAGAAGACCAUGGGAAUAUCUUCAGACAUGGUUUAUUAUGUCCGUCACAUGGUGGAAAACUAUGGAGAAGACUACAAGGUAAGACCUGCCUCUUGAAGGCUUUUUCAUGCAACAGACUGGUUUAUGACUGCUGUAACUGACAGAUGUGCUUUUGGGAGCAAAAAAAUUACAUUUUACAGAUUUAUUUUUUCUAAAACUUCACUUCCAUUUGCAACUUGCUAGAAAUAAUUUUUUUAUUUUUUUUUCUGAAUAAACCCAUGUGCACUAACUUGAGUUAGAUGAUUUUUGAUGGGGCAAUGCUGAUUCCUACUGAAGAUAAUGGUCAUUCAUUGUAAUUGAAGCCCAGCAGUGUUUGUGUUGAAUUGGAUCCCCCUUGUUAUAAAUGGUGGAGUCAGUGAGCAAGAUCAGUUUAAGCUUUGUCCUAGUGCUAUAUUCCACAGGUUUCCACUUAACUAAAUGUACUAAUUUUGAACCACCACAUCAGAGCAAUUUUUAACAAUUACAUGUUUUAAUAGACGUUUACGUAUGUAGUGAGUUUAAAGUAUAUCCCGGAAGUUGAAUUAAAAUAGAACAGAAAGGGGCUGAAAUUUUUACAUGUGGAUUGUUCAUGCCAAUAGCCAUUUUAUAUUAAUCCCAAUAGUUUAAUAAAAAUAACCAGAUACUUCACAGAAAAUCUUACAUGUUUAAUCAAAUCAAUGUAUAGAUUGCUUUUGAAGAGUUUGCCUGUAAAUAGCAACCUGCUGCUCUAAAGAUCUUCUCUUUUGAUCCCUGUAGGCAAUGGCCCGAGAUGAGAAGAAUUAUUACCAAGAUACACCCAAACAGAUCAAGAGGAAAGUCAAUCUGUAUAAACAGCACCAUCUCAAGGAUUAUGAGGCUCUUCUUUCUUCUGUAAAGAAAGCUUAGCCCUAGUCCUCAAGGACUCUUAACUGCUUGAGGGCCCAUAAUCAUGUCAUGGAUGGCAAAGUUGGCAUCUGGGACCAUUAAGAUUAUCCUGUUACCAUGUGCAUAUCAUACAAGGAGUUAUAAUACCAAAUCAGCAGAAGAGAAUUUCGAAGAAGGAAGAAAGACUCAUUCCAACUGUGGAACCACAUAGCAACUUGUAAUGGAGGGGAAAAACGCAGCCCUCUUUGGAGUGGGUUAUCUGUAGCAGCUUCCAGUGUAUCAGUCCCAGGACUAUAAUGCCACUUUGGUGCAAACGUGACCUAACUCUAGUUCACGUCACUGUAAACUUAAUUGAAAUAAUAGUAAACAAAACAUUUUAAUGCCCUGGUUUUUUUCCCCUAGAUUAUAAAAUAAGUUAUUUAUUUUUAUUUUUAAAAACCUUAAGCAUCCCUCUCCCACAGGGCUGUCAAGCAUUGUACUCUGUGUGGGAGUACAGGUUGGGAUAAGGAAUGGCACCAUUUCUAUACAGGAGACUGGUUAAAAGGUCUAGACGUCUCGGAGAACCUAAAUGUCAUCUGUUGGUGUCCAGUGAGGGUUGGAAUAGGGCAGUCUGAUCAUGGUUGACCUCAGAUGGUGUCCAUUCUUUUCCAGUGUGUAGUUUCUCCUCCAGAAAAGUCCUUACACUUUGUAAGGAGGUACUCUGGCCAACACCAUCUAAGAUGGCACUGGUACCUAAUAAUGUCACUUCUCUUUGACCUGCAGUCUGGUGUAAUGACAACUCCGUGCGAAUGUUGGAGAUACUAAGUGCAGUAUCUCUGUCCUGGGGAAGAGAGAGAAGUGUUCCUGAACAUCAUAGCACAGGUGUAUGCUGACUGUCUUAAUACCACUUCCUGGUCUUCAUAAACACACUUUAAAACUCGAGCGUGUUGUAAAGGAAUAUAAAACUCUAUUCCCUUAUAUGUUCAUCUAUGUUGAAAGGGUUACCUCCUCCCCCUCCUGAUGAGAGCUUCCCCCUAAGAAAGUAUUGAAUAAUUCAGCAUGCAAAUAUAGUGUAAUAGUGAGGGCAAAACCUACCAAAAGUAGUAUUGGUGUCUGGAGUGUCCCUUUAACCCUAUAAUAACGUUACAGCUUCUCUGAAACCCAGAACAUGUCAAUGUGAUGAAGUGGUCUGGGUCCCUAUAGUGUCCCUUUAAGGAAUGCAGUGGGAUGCCUGGCCAUUACUACACACAGGGUUAUUUAGUAAAGUGUGAAUUUUAAAUUUAAGGCUAGACUAACUGAGCUAAAAGCAUAGCUAAAUUUUUUUUUUUUUUCUUCUUUCCAGGUCUGCUAUUUUGACCUUAAAUUUGAAUUUCACUUUAGUGAAUAACCUGGAUAUGGUUAGACAAUGAUAUAAAUAAAACUUAAUGUCAAUAUGGCUAAAUUCAAAUGUUUUUCCAAGAGAGCUACUGUGGCAUAAAAUGUGAAAUUCACUAUCAACUAUUUUGAUAAAUAACCCCUGUAGCAGGGAUAGCUAACCAUGACACUAUAAAUUGGUUCUAGACUACAUUUCCAGUGAUGCUCAGCUAGCUUUUAGACUCUAGAAGCUAGCUGAGCAUCACUGGAAAUGUAGUCCAGAAACAAUUUAUGGUGUCAAUGUUAGCCAUUACUGCCCUAUAAUUAUAGGUAAUGUAAUCACCACAACCUACCGCACAAGUAGUAAAAUGGGGGGGGGGUUUGAACUUCAUUUAAAAAGCAGGUUUUUUUUAUUAUAAAUCUAUACUUUUACCUGCUUGUUUGCCAGCACCAGCAGAGGAAGCUGGGGCGCGGCUUCCAGAAGGCGGUGCAAUUCAUGUCUAGCCAAGCACAGGCGAAUGUCAUCUGUGGAAUCCACUACGAAUACCAUUAGGUGGGCAUUCUUCAGAUACUGGUGCCAGUAUGUACGAAGGUUAUAGCUACCCCCAACUGUCCAAAACACAAUGAGAGUUUAUAUUACAUACAAAACUUUGCAAAAUUCUCACAAAUGUACACACACACACACACACACACACACACACAAAAAUACUGCUGAGAUUCCCAGCUUUUCAACAAUUCCAACAGAAGAAAUGCAGCAGUAUUCACCAACCACUGAAUUCUAGAAAGUUGAAGACAGAUUUCCCAGGUAAUUUUAUAUUUUUGCCUCGAUUCACUAUAGGUCACAGAUAAAGGGAACUCACUUUCCAGACUUUUUAAUAGGAUUACUUAUGGCUACCCCCUCAAAGUGGUUAUAGUGUCUGAAGUCCAUUUGUGCAGUCCUUCCAUUCAGUAUUGAAUAACUUUUAAAGAAAUACUACAGUGUUUGGAAUACAAAACUGUACUCUUAACACUAGAGUGACACUGGAUUAUUAUUUAUAUAGCGCCAUCAUAUUCCAUAGCGCUGUACACCGUGGGGACUGACAUGUAAUUUUAACCAGACAACUCGACAUACAGGAACAGAGAGGUGGAGGGCCCUGCUCAAUGAGCUUACAUUCUAGAGGGAGUGGGGGUAUAGUGACGUUAUUACAGUUUGCACGAGGACACACACAGCGUCAUUGCAGAGCGUUAAACUCCCUGUGAAUCGAUAAAGUGCGUCUGGGAAAUAGGCACUGGAGGUAGUCUCUCCUACAAUGUAAAGCUUUACUUAAAAGGAUUUUUAUUUUUUUGCCUAAAAUAAAAGAUGACCUGUAUUAUACGCUCCAUGUGUAUUUUGUAAAGAAUACAUAAAAGUUUAAUAAUAAUAAAAAAUACAAAAAAAAGCUUAGCCUCG